GAGAUCUCUCUCAGUUGAAGCAAAUACAGAAUACUUUUCAGUGCACUUACUUGGAAAGACAGAUUGGUCUGGAAAAAAGCUUAUUUUACAUUAGAUUGAAGAAUCAAUAUGCUUUCCAUUGCAAUACUAUUUUGCGUUGGCUUUUUUGCAUCAACUCAAGGCUCCAUCAUCAACGUCUGUGAACACAGACAUGCAACUCUCCGAUGUGGUAAUGGUCAAGUUUUAGAAAUCUUGGGGGCGAAAUACGGCAGAACAGACAGGACAACUUGUCGAAACCCAGCCAUUAGAACAACCAAUUGUGGAGCUGCCAGCUCAAUGCAAAAGGUUGUCACGAUGUGCGGAGGGAAGCAAUUUUGUCGCGUUCAAGCCAGUAACGGUGUUUUUGGCGACCCUUGUGUAGGAACAUACAAAUAUCUAAGAAUCAAUUAUCGAUGCAUCAAGAAACCAACAAGCUCCAUCAUCAACGUCUGUGAACACAGACAUGCAACUCUCCGAUGUGGUAAUGGUCAAGUUUUAGAAAUCUUGGGGGCGAAAUACGGCAGAACAGACAGGACAACUUGUCGAAACCCAGCCAUUAGAACAACCAACUGUGGAGCUGCCAGCUCAAUGCAAAAGGUUGUCACGAUGUGCGGAGGGAAGCAAUUUUGUCGCGUUCAAGCCAGUAACGGUGUUUUUGGCGACCCUUGUGUAGGAACAUACAAAUACCUAAGAAUCAAUUAUCGAUGCAUCAAGAAACCAACAAGUUCCAUCAUCAACGUCUGUGAACACAGACAUGCAACUCUCCGAUGUGGUAAUGGUCAAGUUUUAGAAAUCUUGGGGGCGAAAUACGGCAGAACAGACAGGACAACUUGUCGAAACCCAGCCAUUAGAACAACCAAUUGUGGAGCUGCCAGCUCAAUGCAAAAGGUUGUCACGAUGUGCGGAGGGAAGCAAUUUUGUCGCGUUCAAGCCAGUAACGGUGUUUUUGGCGACCCUUGUGUAGGAACAUACAAAUACCUAAGAAUCAAUUAUCGAUGCAUCAAGAAACCAACAAGCUCCAUAAUCAACGUCUGCGAACACAGACAUGCAACUCUCCGAUGUAGUAAUGGUCAAGUUUUAGAAAUCUUGGGGGCGAAAUACGGCAGAACAGACAGGACAACUUGUCGAAACCCAGCCAUUAGAACAACCAACUGUGGAGCUGCCAGCUCAAUGCAAAAGGUUGUCACGAUGUGCGGAGGGAAGCAAGUUUGUCGCAUUCAAGCCAGUAACGGUGUUUUUGGCGACCCUUGUGUAGGAACAUACAAAUAUCUAAGAAUCAAUUAUCGAUGCAUCAAGAACCCUUCAGCUUUUCAAACUGUAAACGUCUGUGAGGGGAAGUCACAAUACAUCACUUGUCCAAGGGACCGAUCUAUGUUCAUUACCCGGGCGAACUAUGGCCGAACCGAUAGAAAGACGUGCCCCCAUCCUUCAAUCAGGACGACCAAUUGCCAUUCUAGGAGGACAUUACAGGCUGUCAAACGACGUUGCGAUGGAACACCAAUAUGCAGAUUACAUGCGGUCAACAGCGUGUUUGGGGAUCCCUGCUUUGGAACAUACAAGUACUUGCAAGUUACCUACCAAUGCCGACGUCGUUAUGCAUCAAAACGGUCGAUUGUGUGUGAGGGCCAGACAGCCAGUCUGAAUUGUCCUAUUGGAUACAAAUUAAAGAUACGAAGCGCCCGUUAUGGACGGACUAACAGAAGUUCUUGCCGUAACUCUGCUAUGAGAAACAUCCACUGCGUUGCUCGAAGGUCUCUACAAAUCGCCCAAAGCAGAUGCAAUGCAAGAAGAUUUUGUCGGCUACCUGCAACCAAUGGAGUGUUUGGCGACCCAUGUUUUGGAACAUACAAGUACUUAGAUAUAACGCAUCAAUGUAUAUGAUACAGGUGGUAGGCCAACCUGUGCUGACCAGAAAAGUUUGAUCAUCGAAGAACAGAAAUCUGUCUUACUAGUUUCCUAUUUUUACUCUUAAACGUUGAGUCAAAUAGAUUGAGAUUCAGGCAUUAAA